AUGGACCACAGCCUGGCAACUAAGCAAAACAAAAGUGCUAGACCAAAGCCACCACCCAACAUGGACAGUGAGACUCCUGGAGAUAACCUAUCCCUACUCGGCACAUCUGAGAAUUCGAUGCAGAUACUAAUUUUGAUACCAGUUGGACUGACUUUCAUCAUCUCCACUAUCAACCUGUUCAUCAGUUAUAAACAUGAGCAUUGUGAUUCAGUGCCGAUACUAAUUCUGAUACUAGUUGGCCUGACUUUCAUCAUCUCCACUAUCAACCUGUUCAUCAGUUAUAAACAUGAGCAUUGUGAUUCGAUCCAGAUGCUAAUUCUGAUAAUUGGCCAGAAUUACAUCAUCUUCACCAUCAAGCCAUUCAUCAGUUAUAAAGAUUCGAUCCAGAUACUAAUUCUGAUACUAGUUGGCCCGAAUUUCAUCAUCUCUGCCAUUGACCUGUCCAUCAAUUAUAGAAAUGAGUACUGUGAUUGGAUCCAGAUACUUAUUCUGAUAGUAGUUGUCCUGAUCAUCAUCUGCAUCAUCAAGCCAUUCAUCAGUUAUAGACAUUGGAUCCAGAUGCUUAUUCUGAUAGUAGUUGUCCUGAUCAUCAUCUGCAUCAUCAAGCCAUUCAUCAAUUAUAGACAUUGGAUACAAAUACUUAUUCUGAUAGAAAUCACAGGAAACAGCAUGAUCCUGAAGCAG